AUGGAAGCCAUCAAAGUGUUGACCAUUAAUUGCGAGAGAGGUGUCAUCGAAACCAUACAGAAUUUCAAACAAUUAACAACUUUUCAAAUACAUUACUACUAUAACGAGUGCGAGCACUGGAAGUUUCCGCAGUCAACAGCUAUUGUGUUAUUUGACUCAAAUCAGCCAAACCUAACCCACAGGGAAACAAUUAAACUUCAACAAAAAGUUUACAUGUAUUUACUUCAACGAUAUCUGCAAAUGAAAUACCAGUCCAAGUGUGAGGCCGACUCCAAGUUCACAAAACUCAUGAAUAUUCUAACAUGUACUAAAGGGAGACAAAAAGAACUUAUUCUUGAUUUCUUGAGUGCCUUACCCUCUGAUGUCUGUCCACUUCUCAAUGAGAUCUAUGAUAGAACUCCUGUACAGACUUUACUAUUCAGUAAUUUGGAUUAAAAAUAGUAAUUAGCAC